GCCGCCUGCCGUCGUAGAAGCAUCUCUGUGGCGGCGUCGAAUACAGAGGUGCUCAAACAUGGCAACUGAAUGCAUAGAAAAUGCUCUCCAAACAAUAUGUCAAGGAAACCAAAAGUUUACCUUCAGUAUUUAUAAGAUUCUCUCAGAAGUCAAAGGUAACCUGUUUUUCUCCCCAACAAGCAUGCAGGUAAUUUUAGCUCUUGUACAUCUUGGUGCAAAGGGUAACACUGCUCAGGAGAUUGCAGAUGGCUUAUGUCUUCCAUCUGAUAAGGAGACUAUUGAGAAUGGAUUUAGAGAAUUAACAAAUUGUUUGCAGGGGUCUGAUGACAUAGUGCUUGAAUUAGCCAACAAGGUUUAUGCACAAGCAAGUUUUCCAAUUAAAGAAGAGUUCAGAGCAUCUGCUGCAAAAUUUUUUGCUGAAGCUGAAGAAGUUGAUUUUAUCAAUGAAACAGAGAAAUCUAGAGUAAAAAUCAAUGAGUGGGUAGAGAAAAAGACAAACAAAAAGAUAACAGAGUUGUUCCCUGAAGGUUCUUUGAGCCAGAUGACACGCCUGGUGCUUGUAAAUGCAAUAUACUUUAAAGGCCUGUGGGGUAUCCCAUUCAAGAAAGAUGACACAUCCCCCAUGCCUUUCCAUGUUUCUGCAACUCAGAAGAAAACUGUAGAUAUGAUGAAACUAAAGAAAAACUUUAUGUAUACAGAGGCAAAACAACUUCAAGCUCAAGUUUUGAAGCUCAAUUACAAGGGGAGCCAGUUGAGCAUGGUGAUACUCUUGCCAAAGAAGAAUAAUGGUCUUAAGAAAUUAGAAGCAAAGCUUGCAUCUUUGAAUCUAGCUGAUAUUCUGGAUGAAAUGUGUGAAGUUAAAGUGGAGGUCUACUUACCCAAAUUCAAACUGGAACACAAAAUAGAUCUGAGAGAUACUUUGGAGAAACUUGGUAUGAAGACUAUGUUUGAUCCAUGUAAAGCAGAUCUCACAGGUAUAAGUGACUCACAACCCGGCCUUGUUGUUAGCCGCAUCUUGCACAAAGCUUUCAUAGAAGUAAAUGAGGAAGGCACUGAAGCUGCAGCAGCAACUGGUGGUGACAUUAUUCUACUGUCUCUGCGAACAACUAUACCUCGCCCUGUUGUGUUCAAAGCUGAUCAUCCAUUCCUGUUUCUGCUCAUAAGUAUUGUUAACAAAGCUAUCCUUUUUAUUGGAAGAGUUCAGGAUGUAGAAUCAAGCAAUCCAGAAGUUCUGGGCCCUACCAGUAGCUGUCAGUAUCUGUGACAUGGGUCCCUGUAAGAUCAUGAGCAAUAGUCCUCACCAAGAGACUUUUGGUUAAGCACAAGAAAAACCUCUUGCAGUUGAGUUUGUAAACUGACUGCUGCAGCUCACUUAACUGCUAUAAUGCUGCUUUGACAAUGGGUGUAAAUCUGCAUUUUUAUAAUAACUGUCAAUUUUCAAGACCUGUUGCUAUGGUUCAACUGGCCAUGUAUCUCAGAUGGUGAUUGGCAGUUACGAAUACUGAAAGAAGAAGUCAAGACAGUCUUUUGAAUGUAAUGAUGAGCUUUGCAAAUUAAACUGAUACAGAGUGUGUAUUACAAAUACUGGUAUAAGACUGCACUACAAAAACACAUGCAAGACUGAGAGCAAACUGAGAGCCAAGUGGCUUUUGCCUUGUCACUUGAAUACAAUACCAGUAACAGUUUACAUAAUAUACCAUUAUUACAAAACAUCUUUUUCCUCAAAUUACAGUUAAACUUUAUAUGUUUUCCUGCCAGUUCUGUGUGGCCUAAAUUGCAGAAUUAUAUAAAGAGUUUCUUCGGGUAAUAAUAUUACAAACUGUACAAAUAAUCCUUGACAAAUUAUCCUUGACAGUAAUAUUGUUAACUAAUAUUUGAAUUGUUACUAAUAUGAGUUGUGUUUUACUGGACAUGUGACUUUUGCUGUAUAAGAUUAUCACAGUUAAAAAACAAGAAUGUUUAAAUGUUGACAAUAAUUAGGUUAUUUUGAAAACAACUAAUUACAUAAUUAAAUGAGCUGUGUGACACCUAACCUACUUAAAUAUGAAAUAUAAGUGCAUUAAAGUUGAUACUGUUACAGAUUCACAUAUAAACAAGGUUCACACCUAGCAAGUGCUGUUCAUGACAUUGGUUACAUAAUUUAUGGUUGCUGUUGUACAUAAUAUUGGUAUUGAAAUUUAGGGUUCAUGUGGUAUCAUAUGGUUCUGCAUCCAUCACCAACUCAGUCAUAUUUUAAAUUUCACAGUAAUGUUUUCUGCAAUUUGUAAUUGAUGGUGUGCUCAGACAAUGUCAUUUGCUUUAGUGGUUUUCAACUACUAAUUCUUCACUUAUGUCAUACUUGAAGUGUUUGGUAACAAGAAAAGUGGCAGUUCUGUAAGAAAGGAUACUGCCAUUUUUACAUGAAUUUUUAGUUUUAUUGCGAAUAAAAUUGACUGAAGUUCUUGUUUUCAUAAUAAAAAUCUCAAAAAAAGUGAAAGAAAUUUUGUUAUCUAUAUUAAGUACAAGCACAUGUGAUUUGUUAUAGUUCUGUCUGUUUCAUUUGGUUCAUUUUUUAUUCCUCUCUUCACAUGUCUGUGAUCCACUGUUGAUCUUUUAUUCAUUACUCUGACGACUAACUAACUAACUAAGCAUUAAAGAAACUAGUGCAACACGACUGUACAAGUAAUAGUGCACACAGCGCAUAAUGAGCUAAAGGAAAAGUAAUUUCGUAUUUUUCAGAAACUGGCAUCCAGUAUAUGUUUUACUAGGAAGAGUUCCCCCUCUCAUCAUAACACUAUUCAAGAACUAAAUGUGAGCUUUUCUCUUCUAUCAUUAUUUUUAUCAUUUUCCCAACCUGUUGUGGUUUACUAGUCAUCUGCAUACCAGUUAUUAUAUAAUUUUAAUGAUAGAUUGCCUCCUUUGCUUUUGGGCACUGACAAAUACAGUUGUAAUUAACCUUUAACUGCUCACCUCAAACCUUUGUUCUAUGUGGGCAUGACAACCAACACACUGUCUGUUUCCAUGAAUGGCCAAUGACAAACUGUGGGCAAGAAACAGCUGGACCAACCAGUUGCUGAAUACGCUGCCCUAGACAGUGUUUUUCACUUUGAUGACUGCUUCACAGCCUAUGCCACAUGGAUUCUUCCUACCAACACCAGCUUUUCUGAACUGUGCAGGUGGAAACUCUCCCUGCAAUAUAUCCUACAUUCCCAUAACCCUUCUGGUCUCAACCUUCAUUAAUCAUUGUCCUUACCCACCUAUCUCCUUCCUGUUCCCACUCCACAGCCUUCUCCUCCACAAGU